AUGGCUAUGAUUGCACUUGGCGGGACUUGGGCCAAGUGGUCCGCGCCCCUGCUUGGUAUCAAGUGCAAACUUCCUCUUCAGGUCGACAUCCAAAUCGAGAACCAUUUUGAAGCCAAAAUCUACGCAACAGGCUCAGCAAUCCGCGGGAAGGUGCUUAUCACUCCCAUCCGCGAUGUGGAUUUCGACAAGCUCCAGAUCGACCUACUUGGCACUUCCACUACUAGAACAAGUGGCAUACUCAAUGACACACUCCCUACCAAGUUUACCUUCUUCCAACUGUCCAUGCCAAUUCCGCCCGAGUCUCUCCCAGAGGACAAGCGGCUCGCUGCCAAGCAGACCAUCGAGAUACCAUUCUUCUUCGUUGUGCCCCAGCAGCGCCCCUUGCAGGCAUGCAUUCACGAAACCCAUCUCGAGCUUCCCCCGACAAUAGGGAAUUGGGAGAAGACGGAUCAAUCACCCGAAACCGCGAAAAUCGAGUACUCCAUUCGAGUCCGAGCUACUCCAGCUCUCAAAGAUAUUGAAACGCUGAAGCUGGUCGAAUCUCACCGCUACGUCAGGUUGCUCCCCUCUAAUUUCCAAGAGGAUGCACUUUGCACCACAGAUCCCAUCCAAGAAAUCAAACUGGGCCGAUCCUACGCGAAGUCAGACUCCUUGACAAUCGCCGGUAUCCCGCCUACCCUGGUUUAUCUCUCGUGUGAUAGCGGUAAGAUCUCCAAUCCAAUGAUCACUGCGCAUCUCGAGUUCGUCACCAAGGCCAAGCCGGCCACUGUCUUUCCUGUCAUCCAGGUAAAGUCGGCCGCAGUCCAGACGACUACCACCUACGCCCAAAUUCACCUUGCGCCCAAAAGUGGCGAGAAUGGUCGCCAAGCAGCCCAGCUGCCUCAUGUAGUGCUUUGCACCAAGUCGAAGAAGGUCACCGUCCAGUUGUCGCAGUCUACCUGGCAAAAGGCGGAGACCCCCACCGGCUCGGAGACCACAAAGUAUCUAUCUACUAUUACCCUCUCCCUCGACAUGCCGAAUCAUGAGAAAACAACGUUUCUGCCCACUUUCAACGCCUGCCUGAUCUCCCGGUCCUACGCCCUUCGCGUGGGACUGGCGGCGGAAUCCGGUUCUGGAUCGACUCUUGAGCUUCCAUUCCAAGUUAUUGUCCGGGAUUUGACAAGCCCUACGUUGCCGAAAUAUACGGUGACUAGCCGAGACCAGAACUACACGACGGAUGCGUUGCCCGAAUACAGACAGUCAUCUACUGCCUAA